AUGCCAUCUUCAUCGGCGAAAGCAGUCUUCACUGCAGAAGCACCGGCUCCAAGCCCUUUGAUGCCACAGGCAGUUGUACAGAAUGGGAUGGUGUACUGUUCAGGAUCUUUGGGCAUCGACCCAGCCACAAACGACUUUGUGAAAGGAACCUUUCAAGACCGAGUGAGACAAUCACUGGCAAAUCUCGAAAAAGUCCUCAUGGCCGCAAAUAGCAACCUGAAAAACGUUGUCAAAGUCAACAUCUUCAUCACGAGCCCGCAGCUUUUCGCUCCCUUGAACGAGGUGUAUGCGGAAGUUUUCAAUCAAGAAGUAAAACCUUGCCGCUCCUGUGUAGUUGUAGCAGCAUUGGGUCUAGAUGCCGACGUUGAGAUAGAAUGUACUGCUUUUGUCGGCGGCACCUAA